AUGACUGUCUCACCAUUUCUCUCAAUUUUUUCAUUCAAAAUUUCCUCCUAUUUCUUCUCAAUUUUUCUACACUUUUUCUUCUCCUUCUCUUCUUUGCUCUCCUUCUCUUCUUUGCUCUCCUUCUCUUCUCUCAAUCUCUUCCUCCUUCACAAGCUGACAAACCCCUAUUUAUACAAUUGAAAAUAGAACCCCCAACCCCAUCAUACUCCUAAGCUUGAAUCUAAAUUUUAGAUAAUAACCUAAUCCUAUUUGGAAUUGGAAUUCUAAAAUCGACUUAGUUCUUCAUGCAUUUUCCUUCUUUCAAGGCUAAAUUCAUACCUCUUAAAGAUCACAACCCCCAAGUUGAAUCGAUUUCAAAAUCUUUCUCUAUGGUUUUUGAUAAAGACUUCGAAUCCAAAAAUUUCUUCAUACUGGUGUCAUGAUCUAUCCAAACUUGAGUAGAUUUAGGGAUAAGCCAAGAAGAAUUUGUGAAAUUUUGGAGAAUGGUUGGUAGUAGAGCAAAAGAAGUCAAGAAGGAUCAGGAGUUUUUGAAGGUUAAGGUUUGACUGAACCUUAGCCUUUAUUUUUAAUUUAGCCCUCAAGCAAAACGACGUCAUUUUCCUUGUACACCUUCUCAACCCUUCAAGUUUCAUGCUUUUUAUAGAAUGGUCCAUUAGCUUCCAAUAUUAUUAUUCAGUCUCAAUUAAAAUUGGGUUAUGAUAGUUGUCACUUUUUUACUUUUCUUUUUAUAAAAAGAAAGGUAAAGAAUAAAAGAAUAACCCAAUUUUAAGCUUGGAAACAAAUAAUAAGAAAGAUGUCACCUUGAC